AUGAGCAACAACAGUAAUAAGAGAGCACCAACCACAGCAACCCAGAGGCUUAAACAAGACUACCUGAGAAUUAAGAAAGAUCCAGUGCCUUACAUCUGUGCAGAGCCCCUCCCAUCCAAUAUCCUGGAAUGGCACUAUGUUGUGAGGGGACCUGAAAUGACGCCCUAUGAAGGUGGCUAUUAUCAUGGGAAACUAAUAUUCCCCCGAGAAUUCCCUUUUAAACCUCCUAGUAUUUAUAUGAUUACACCUAAUGGAAGGUUUAAGUGUAACACAAGGUUGUGUCUCUCCAUCACCGAUUUCCACCCGGACACGUGGAAUCCAGCGUGGUCAGUCUCCACAAUCCUGACGGGCCUCCUUAGUUUUAUGGUGGAAAAAGGCCCCACACUGGGCAGCAUAGAGACAUCUGAGUUCACAAAGAGACAACUCGCUGCACAAAGCUUAGCAUUUAAUUUAAAAGAUAAAGUCUUCUGUGAGCUCUUCCCUGAAGUGGUGGAGGAGAUCAAACAAAAACAGAAAGCACAAGAAGAGCUCACCAACAGACCUCCCUCCCUGCCCCUGCCCGACGUGGUGCCCGACGGGGACGCUCACUACGGUCAGAACGGGCUGCCCCUCCUCAACGGGCACGUGGCCCUGGGCCCUGCCAACCCCCCCGGGCUGCAGCAGCCCCACCGCAACCACGGACUGCUGGGCGGAGCCCUGGCGAACUUGUUCGUCAUCGUGGGCUUCGCAGCCUUUGCCUACACAGUCAAGUAUGUCCUGAGGAGCAUAGCCCAGGAGUGAGGAGGAGAGCAAAAUAAAAAAACCCCCAAGACCAAAAUUCUAGUGGUAGUUUCGCAGAGCGAGUGGUGGGACUCUUUGUUUUUCUUUGGGGCAGCUGGGAGAAAUCUCGUGGGGAGUUGGAGUUGGAGUUAGGCAGAAACUCUUGCUGCUCUUCUGGUAGUUUCUCACAAGUCAAAGCAUUAUUGAUGAGACACUACAUUUCUAGUGCUUUGAUGUUUUUUUUAUAGCAGUCCUCCAUCUGUCGUUGGAAAUUUGAAAAUCUCGAGCAAAUAAGGCUUUUUACUUCACUGUACAAUUUUUAAAACUCUGCCAUUCUCUGCAUAUCAUUUUAUUUUCGGUAGGGAAGAGUCUGUUCAGGUGUUCAGUGAUCCAAGUAGGGGUUCCACGUGGACUUGGGAAGGGUUUGGUUAAUGUGAACAUUUGAUGCUACAGAAAACUGCUGGUUUCUUUUUUUUUCCAACUAGAAUGACCAUCAUUGCAUAUCUAGUCAGUAGUGAUUAGAUGAGUGGGAACAUAACACCACAGUGUGUUAAAUGUGUUGUCUAAAUUGUCACAGUGUCAUUGAAGGUUUUAUUUGGGCUACAAGAAGUGCAGUUGUUGGCCCUUAGCAAGAAAAAAAAGCCUUGGAAUCAGCCUCUGGAGGGAAUACCCAUCUCCAGGGUUGUUUGGGAUUUGUUCACUUACAGAUUUUCAUUCUGGGAGAUGUUCUUUUGGAAAGUUGUAAUAGUUCCUUCUGAUCACAAGGGGCCACUGGUGAAAUGAUAAUAAAACUGCACCCACCAAUGGAGAGAGUUGAGUGUGUGUUCCAAAAUCUCUGCAUUCCUCAGGCUGUGGGGAUUGAGGCAACCCCAGCCCUUGGGAAGGGAAAAAGGCAAAGGAGCCUCAGUGACAAACCAGCUUCCUCAGAGCCAGCUGAUAAUCCAUCUCAAGUGUCACUGCCUGAAUUAACCCUUCAAAUUAGUUCCACUGUUCACUAUUUAAAAUAAAACAAACAAACCACCACCGCCAAAAGCCAACCCCAAAAUUCACCUGGGAUUGUGGAAGCUUUUAGCUGUGAGUUCAUCACUGUUCCCCUUCAGGUGACUGAUAAAUGAAAUAUUGCUGUUUGUUCACAGGCUUCCAGCACUGUGGGUAAACACUGAAGUUCAAAAGUCUGUCUGAAAUUACCUGUUUUUUUUUUUUAAAUUGAGUUUGCUUGAUUUUUCUCCCUCCUGCUUGAAUUUUACCAUUUUACCCAAAAGCUUUGUUUCAGCAGAGGCAAACUUGCUGUGCCUUUCAGAAUUGACACACUGUCAAUGCUACAACUGUCCAAGGUGGUAGCAGGGAUAAAAGCUCUGCACUUACUGUAUAGUCUUAUUUUAAUUAUUCUGAAGAGCCCAAAUAAAUAAUUACCUCAUGUGUCUAAGAAUGUUUUGAAACUGUCUUAUUUCCCCUUUCAGAUUUUCACUCUCUGUCUCUCUCAGCUUCUUGGUAUCUUGAAUUAUAAGCAAAAAUGUCCUGUCAACCCAUGAGCCAACAGCUCAGAGCACCAAUAAAUGUGACCAAUUCUCUGCAAUAGGUAGGAAUUACCAAAAUCAGCAGAACAGCUCUUUGCUAAAGAAAUCUUAAAGCAGUUCUUCCUGAUGUGAGGAAGGGAAGGAGUCAGGGGGUGUGAGGAUGGGAUUUGGAAAAGGCUGGAUUUUAAGUGUAUUUAUAAAAUCUUUGAUUAUGUUUUUUUAUUAUUAUUAUUUUAUGGUUUUACCAAAUCUUAUUUAUAACUAUUUUUUCAUUUACCUCUCGUAUGUGCUUAAUCCUAGAAGCAAGUCAUGUGGGUCUGGGGGUGUGCUGGGAAGGAGGAGAGUGCCAUGGCUUUCCUGCAGGGCUGGGAUUUUUGGGAUGGCUCAUGGUUUUUUUCUCCAGGCAGAAGGAGGUUGCACCUCUCAAACCAAUUUGUGUCCUUGCCAUGCCUUUUCCUGCUAUUGCCAGACAGCACCUUCUGUUGGUUAUCCAUGCUUAUCUUCUCUUCUGGGAGUUCUUCCUCCACAAAACCCAAGACAAAGGCAAGGAGACCUCGGGUGGGGUGUGUUUGCACCUUCUGUGGCCUCUCCAAGCUCAGAGAAAAACAGCCAGAGGUGGUGAAGAAAAGGCUUUUUAUUCCAUGGCAAGAAGUUGGCCUUGAGCUGCACCUGAGCAUCUGAAGGUGGGUCUCUUGUUUGCAGAAACAAAACCCCCUUUGGUCAAACCCUGGACAUGCUGCAUUUUUUUUCCCCCCCUGAGGAUUGGUUGUGUUUAAAAACCCAAAACUUCCACAAUUACAGUUUUUCCCUUGAGAACCCUGGAUUUGGAGGAAGACUUGCCAGCCAUUCCAGGUGCCAGUUGUUGGAAGCUGGGAGCAAUCCUUAAACCCCUUGGAACAUUUUUAUGUCUCCUUGCCUUUGGUACCACAAGAUUUAUCCCCCUUUGUGUAGGUUUUACUGAUUUGUGGGUUUUUUUUAAGAAUUUCUAACAAUGCAGUGUCUGAUCUUUUUAUUACCCAAAUCAUUGGAUGGAGGAGCCCAGGCAGAAAUAUUCCCAUGCCCUGAGCAGUUCAUUACUUGCUGGAAUCAAAUUAAAAACUCUCCUUCAUUAUAUGAUCUUGGAAUAAAUGUCUGGCCCUCAACUUUCACACUGCAAUUCCCUGGAUUUAUUCUGUCAAACUGUUAGGAAUUGGUGGGAGGGAGCUUUUGCAGCUGGAAUUACACAACAUCUUGUGGUUGCCUUGAAAGAUCUCUUUUAUUUUAUUUUAUUUUAUUUUUUUUUUAAAUUCUGGAGUUUUGUGUAGUCAUCACCUUCCUCCCCCCCCCGAGAUUUCAAGGUCAUGGAAGUGUUCCCUUGCUACGAGCAUGUGCUGAGGAGUGGGAAUGACUGCAUUGUAAUGUUUGUUCAUAAUAAACAUUCAUGAGAAAACA